AUGUUCCACGAGCAGACCGAAGAUGCGGAAGAGUCGCAAUAUGUCGCUAUUAGCAUCGUUGUCGGACGACAUACCGCCGAAGGGGAAGGCUCUAAAGUCAGACUAAUAUGUGCAGGACAUUUGCGAGCCUGGAGUCUUGGAAGUUGGAAACGGAGAGGCUAUCCAAAGGCCGUGGAACCUUACUGCUAUUAA